AUGUCAACCAACAGACCAUCACGACACCAUGGUUUCCGUGGCUAUGCUGCAGAUCACGAUCGUUUGAAACGAGCAUUAUUACAACCAGUUCAAUCUUGGGUUAAAAAAUGGCAGUAUCCGGCGAACGGAGGAAAAAACUUUGAGAUAUUAAAGUGGACAAAAUCCGAUAAGAAAUUAACCUUCAAUGACGCAGAUGAAAGUGGUGUCGUGGCGACAACCCGUCAACAAGUUAAUAGUGAGGACACACCGACUCCGACGGCUUCUAUCAUCCAACCUCCAACAGAAGCAUCUACUCCUCAACCAUCCGAAACAGAACCAGAUUCAAGUUUUUCAAGACCACCAUUUGCAAAGGCAACAUCAUUACUUCGUCAAGCCUCGCUCACAUCAGCAGUAUCUACACCAGGAGAGAAUUUAAAUAGCAAUAAUAAUAAUACACCGCAUGAAAUAGAAUCGUCAAUCACUAGCUCUAAAACAAUUAUAACGAAAAAUGAAAAUUUGAAACUUAGUAAUGAAGUUAAAAAAGUUGGAGAAAGGAUAGAGAUGGAAGAUUUAUACGAUCAACAAACUGAUGGGUUUGGAGAAAAUCAAAAACCUAUUGAUAUUGAAUUCGAACAACCUCUUAAGGCCCCGGAAUAUGAAGGAGAUAAUAAUGAAGAAUUUCGAACAGAAGAAGAAGAUGCAGAGGAGGAUUAUGACGAGCCUAUUGAAGAAUAUGAUGAGCAACCAGAACACUAUGGCGAGCGAACAGAUGGAUAUGAGAGACAGAUUAAUGAAUACCCUGAUACUGUUGAAGGAUAUGGUGAACAAAACAGUGAAUAUGAAGGUCCUAGUAGUGAUUAUGGUGGACCAUCCACCGAAUACACAGGCAGAACCAAUCAAUACAAAGUGCGGGAACACAAUGAUGAAUAUGACGAAGUGUUAAGCGAUUAUGAUGAACAUAGUAGUGAAUACGAUGAGCAAGCAAGCGAAUAUGAGGAACAAGCCAGUGAAUUUAUGGAACAAACAGAAGGACAGACAGAACAUAUAACAUACCAAGGACAGGUAACCACACAAAUGACUGCGUACAUUGACCAGGAUAAGGAAAUUUCAGCAGAGACAAAAAGUACAGAAGAUGGAGAGAUCGAUGAAGAAUACGAAUAUCUGGAUGAUUUAUGA